AGAAAGGACUGUUGAAAUUUGACGGAGGGCUCGUGUUUGUCACAUUUCCUCGUUUUUCUUUUUCUUUUUUUUUUCAUUUGCGGUUUCGGAGCGUGGGGUUUGUGGAUGCUGCGUGGACACUAAGGGCGCAGAGAGGAAGGGGAGCACCCCCACGGAUGCCUCGGAAGGUAGAGACGGGCUCCACCGCUGGCGUCAGGCAACACAGCGCGUCUGAUGUGACGGAAGGUAAUAAAGGAUAUCCUGCAGAGAAAAAGAGCCGAUGGAUGAGGAUGAAAAACGGCUUUAGCCCCCCGCCCACCGACGACUGUGAAAUAAAGAAAAUCCUAUUUUGAUGGAUUUGUAUUUUUAAUCAUUUAUGGUGUAGCCCCGAGGAGCCUUAGACAGCAAUGUUGAAUCACUGGUCUUGGUAAAUGAUUCAUUACUGGUAUAGGUAGACCAUGAUUUUGUAUUGCUUCAAUGUAGCACCCCCUCACCCCCCCAGUCAUUUUUUUUUUUUACAAUGUUAAGUCUUGUGAGAUCAUAUGCAUAUUUUUAUCCUAUGGUUAUGUAGGCCCAUUUAACAGUCACAUUAGAAACAGCCAAAGCAGGGGAAUAUUGGCGCAGAAGAUUUGACAAAGAGGGGAAACACAGAGUGAGAGGUGUCCAGCAGUUGCUUUGUUUGUUUUUUAUUUACAUUUAUUUCUAAAAUAGUCAAGAGGACGCAGUGGAAACAGAUAAAAAAAAAAAAAAACACCAAACAUGUUGCCUUCCCAAGAAGCCUCCAAGAUCUACCAUGACAAUUACAUGCGCAACUCCAGCGCCAUCGGGGUGCUUUGGGCCAUCUUCACCAUCUGCUUCGCCAUAGUCAACGUGGUGGUGUUCAUGCAGCCUUACUGGAUCGGCGACAGCGUCAACACGCCGCAGGCCGGCUACUUCGGCCUCUUCCACUACUGCGUGGGCACCGGGCCGUCGCCCAGCCGGGAUCUCACCUGCGUGGGCAGCUUCUCCGACUUCAGCUCCAUCCCGUCCGGAGCCUUCAAGGUGGCCUCGGUGUUCGUGCUGCUGUCCAUGGUGCUGAUCCUCAGCUGCAUCGGCUGCAUGGCGCUCUUCUUCUUCUGCAACACCUCAACCGUUUACAAGACCUGCGCCUGGAUGCAGCUGCUGUGUGGAGUGUGCCUGGUGCUGGGUUGCGUGAUCUUCCCUGACGGCUGGGAUGCCGAGGUGAUCCGGGACAUGUGCGGGGAGCAGACAGGGAAAUAUUCGUUGGGCGAUUGCUCUGUUCGGUGGGCCUACAUGCUGGCCAUCAUGGGCAUCCUGGACGCUCUCAUCCUCUCCUUCCUGGCCUUCGUCCUGGGCAACAGGCAGACAGACUUCUAUAUGGAUGAUCUGCAGACAGAUAACAAAGAUUUUGCUGUGUCAAGGAUUGAGGUGCGGGACAGAAGAGAGCCGCGGUACGGAGUGCAGCGGCUUCACUGAGGGUCGAUGAUGCAGCACGGGACGACUUCUCUUCUCCUCUCCUCUCUCAUCCAUCUCCGUCUUUCCCUGCCCCCCCCCCCCCCCCCCCUUUCUACAAACUCCUUCUCUUCUCUCCAACGAUCAGGAUAACGCCCCAUCUCAAUGCAGACACCAAGUAUGCAGGAUUCUGGAAGAUAAAAGAAAAACAAAAAACAACAGAACACACUGGGAUAAACUAUAUUUUGGAAAACAACCUAAUCAAGGUUGUACAGUGCAUUUAACACUCUGCCUUCUCAACGAAAACCCUAAUGACGGAAACAACAUAUUUACUCUAUUUGAAAUCUUGAUUUGUGUGAGAAAUUCAAUCCUUGAGAUCAAGAACCCUAAUGUCCAACUUUACGAUUUAGUUCGAAUCUUGCUCUUUAUUGACUUUGAGUUUGUGUUGUUGUUGUUCAUCCAUAGCUUCAGAAAGAAGAUCAUUGAUUCUCCUCGUAUGGGAUCAAGAGUCGAGGCUCGCAAUACUGCAGCAAGUCCAUUACUAAACAUUGGGAAACAUUUCAACCGGGACUUGUAUGGCUCUUCAUCCAAGGACUUUUAAAUGCGCGGAAUUUAAAAGGAGUAACCCCAUUGCAGCUUUACAGAACCUAACAUCUCUGGGAGAUUCUCUACUGUACAUACUGAACUAUGUAAAUAACAUUACUGCUGACAGAAACAGCCGACAACAAAACCUCAUCUGACUCUAAUGCAUUUGAGUAUAGUAUUUCUACUCCUGGUUUCAGUGUCCCUCUUGCUGAGAGAGCAUCGGAGUAUGAGCCGAUCCUUUGUGUUUAUAUUAGGACUCCUCGCCACUGAUUAGACAAAACGGGAAAAUCUGUGCUGGAUAUUCCAGAGAAGAGCGGAGCACCGUUGAUCAAAGGGAUUGUGUGUGUGAUCACAGUGAUUUGACACAGAUUGCUUCCCCUGCAUCAGCGUGGCCUCAAAACACCCCCCCCCCCCCCAACUGCAGUAUACAGUAAAUAUCUAAAUCGCAGCUGUCCAAGUUAAGACUUACAAGUCUGAGCUUACUACUUUUGUUAUACCCUUCCGUCACCAGUGUGCAGUUUACUCCAGUUUAUGGCUCCAGCAUACAGUGAUCAGUUUACUCUACAAAUGUCUUAAGACUGUGUGAAUCAGGCUGAACAGGCGUUGGCCUUCUCUCAGAGGGAAGCCUCAAGUGCUGCGCUUAAGGUGAUGUCACUAAUAUGCCUCUUCGCUGCUUGCAGUAGUCACAGGAAUCAUUGCAAAUCACCCCCACAAAAACGAUGACGAUAAUUCUUAACAAGAACAAAAUCCGAGAGAGUGAGCAACUACUGAGCUGUACAACUUCAAGUUUUCAUGCAAGAUUCAUCAAUAGAAUCAUGAAUCAAAACAAAUAAACUAAAGUUGUACAUCUUAAGUUGUUAAAGUUGUGCCAUUUUAUGUUGAUAGAUUUUGGCAGCAUCUUUACAUUUGAAAAGGAAUUCAAAUUGAGCACCUUUGUAUUUUUGGUUGACCUAUUAGGACCUUGUAUACAGUAAUGCGGACAUUUUCCCUCUGUUAAGAAUAAAAACAUCUCCGUCGAGACAAGAACACAACAACAGCCUGCAUCAACUAUCCAUCAAAUACCAGAGAACAGCGCUGUUGGCCAGGUAAUAUGGGGCGAGUCAGUCUUUUCUGAAUUCUGGUAAUGUGAACUUAUGAUGCUGAAUUUAGCUCCACAUUUGUAAUUAGUUGAGCAGUGCUAAAUAGACUUAUAGAAAAACUGUUAGAUGGCCACCAUUGCUGCUGCUUCCUUCAAAGCAGCAGAGGGCAAAGUAAACUGUGACAUCAUUGUUUCCCAAACGCUCCAUUUCACAUGUACACACCGACUGCUAUUUUUAAAUUCGAGAGGCCCAAACACAGAGGAGAACAUUUGUUUAGCAUUAGUGUGGACACGGGUUUAAUCAAUUUGAAAUAUAUACCAAUCUUAACUAAUUGUUCUUUCUUAGGACCCAUUGAGUCGAACAAUCCUGGGAUCAGUCUCGAAAACACAUUUUUUGCCACAAUUUAUUCCAAAUUUCCAGAAGAAAUACAAAUGACAUGAUUUCAGUGUGUCCAUACCUGCAGCUACUAUCCUGCUCGUUGUAGCCAGUAUUAUUCCUGUGGCACUCUUAUUGUGACGUUGUGCUUAUAUGACAACCAGGGAGAUACUUUAAAAUGUUUCCCAUGUUUUUGUCACAUGAACAAAAAGUUGCGCCCUUCACCCUUAAUACAAAAACAAGCUUUCAAGGGCAUGUUUUACCCGGGUUUGUGACUCACCACUGUACCCAUUAGCCAAGUAGUAACUUCUGUCGCCCUAUAACCACUUGACAUGUCUGCAUCAAUGACUCCGAUUAUCACAAUGUCGGUGACAUUGCUCCAGAUACGAUUCGACCAUGUGACGAGUUUAGAGGAAUUGCACUGUAACCCUUGAGAUACAGAUACACUUUAUUAGUCCCACACACAUGCAAACAUGCACACAUGCACACACACGACAUGCAAGGGGGGAAAUUUGUUUUCUGCUAGGACCCAUCUGGUGUACACAGGAGGACACACAGGGCAGUGGGCAGCCAUGCACGGCGCCCCGGGGAGCAGGUGUUAGGGGAGUAAGGUGCCUUGCUCAGUGGCACUUAGACAGUGGGGUGGGGUAGGCACUUUGACAGUGUGGAACAGAUCCAGGUGUUGUCCAGGUGUUGUCGGUCCAGGUAUGUUGUUUUUGUUGUCACUCCGUGGACUCGAACCAGAGACCAUCGUUGCACUUUCUGCCACUAGUCCACCGUCAGUGCGACCCUGCACGCUGCUCUGCUCAAAAGCAUUGUGGGGCGCUUUUCCUUCCCAGCAUGGCUCUUCAGGCUGAGCCAUUGUAACUGAGCCUCCUUAAACACCAAACCUAGGCAGAGUCACCAAGGGAAUGAAAUUAGCUGUGUAAUAAAAGCACACCGUUAAUGGUUUCACAUGUGGAAUUGGCAUGCUUUGGUCAUUUGGGAGGGGAAAGGUCUGAUCAUACUGUAAACCAUGAGGAGUAAUUGAAACCAUUUCACUGAGCGGUUUGACCACACAAGGUGAUCUGCGUUGUGUGAGACAGCAGCUUAUUUACAAGGCAACAUCGCCAGGAAAAUACAGUCCAGUGAGGGACUGAUUAUACUGCAUUAUGUUGGACUGCAAUGUAUUUACACUCUGGUAGGGAUGCACUAUUAACACAUGCAUUGUGGACCAGUCAAAGUUGGAACCUUAAAUAUCAGCUACAUCAAAAAAUUAUUUUAAAACUAAAUCAAGAAUGUGACUUUAUAUGUCACACAUGUUUAACUAAACUGUAUAUUGGAUGAGAAGGGUUCACUGAGGGGGUUGUAUGGUGCAUCCCUACACUAUAUACAGUAUAAGGAGCAGAUAGCUAGAUGUGCAGUAUGUUUUUUAGAACGGUAGCUAGCUAACUCUCAGGAAGCUGUGUACAAAGUACUGUAUUAAAGGCUCAUUUCGGAAAUGAUCAGCACACACACAAGCCUUUAAGACAAUAUGAAAGCAGCCCUUAUGCUGAAUCUAAUGAUGCUGUCUAUGCCGGCCCUGCACAGACCUGGGCCUAUAUCUAUCAACCGUCUUAGGGCAGGAACACUGGGCCCUCAACAAAAGUUUCUUUCACUUCAGCCUUGAAGUACAUCUGCGAGCAUUUGAAAAAAAAAGAGUGAACGACUGAAACAGUAUUUACAUCCAUUUGGUAUAAGCAGAAAUAUGUUUUUGCUUUUGAUAUGUACAUGUUCAUUUGAGAAAAAAAGUGCACUUGCUGAGACAUCAGCAUGGUGAUUUUUUUUUAUAUCUAAGGUUUGCAUACAGCAGGCGGUACUGUCUCUCAUAUGGCAUAUAUUGUGAUUUAGACGUCUCCUCCUUUAGGAUUGCUUUCCCAGGGCCCAGGACACACUGUAUUUUACAUCAAAUCUUUGAAAAAGGAAAACUGCAUAGGAAAAUGCCCAGAUGGCUAAGUGGUCAUGUCAGGCUUCGAAGCAACAAUACCUGUGUGAUCAUUGGUCUGGUCUCCUCUCCGGGUACUCUGUUCCUGAGGACCUGACGAUGAACUGAAAAAUACCUUAACAAGGAACUGAUGAUACCUUAACCCUGAUGAGCACAUAUUUGUACCACUCCAGGUGCCUCUAAGAACUCCUGAUUUAAUUCAGAUGUGGUGCAGAACCAGCAAAACAAGUAGUGACACUGUAGUUUUUCUCUACUAAAGACUACACACCCUGACCGAGCUCUGAAGUCAGAUGGAUUUUACUAUAGAUUUGAGGUCAAUUCAUUUUCAACUCGAACAACUGAACCCAAGAAAAUAAAUGACUGAAAACAGUUUUCCCAAACUCUUCAAUUGUUUUUUAUUUCACGAUUGGACUCCAAAUCUGAAUUCACCUCAGUCUUGAAUUACAGAAGCGUGUGAAGAUGUGAUGGAAAACGAAAAUCUGACACAAGGACCCAAGACUCAAUGAGAGGUGAUUUCCUGUCUCUAGCAGCAGACAAGAUGUUUGUUGACGAUGUAAAUCUCAUUGAUGUGUCAAUGAUUUCAUCCUAGUUUGUAUCAUGCAAUAUCAUGUAUAAAGACUUAAUUUUGGGGGUGGGAGGGGAAGGGGCCAAGGAUGAGUAAUGUCCAGUGACUUAUGUUAUGAUAAUAGUUGACUUUCUGUUAACUCCUGAAAUGCAGAUGUUGCCAAAAUACCAUCAACUAUCACGUGUUGACAUGAAAAAAAGAGAAAUAAUCAGUUUUUGUUUUGUAUAACAAAAGAAUGAUAUACUGAUAUUUGUCAAGUACUUCUGAUAAGUUCUUUGUUUUAUGUGUUAACUACAGAAUCUUUGCUUUCUGUUUUGGAUUACUUUCUUUGUAUUUUGGUAUGAUGAUUGUCGUUCUGUCACAUCAAACUUUACAUCUCAGAUUCAAUUUUGACUCACUAACGGAUGACUGCUUGUUGAAACCUCAACACCCCAAACUGUACGAGUCUCUUUAUAAAGUUGCUUGAAUCGUACACACGUGGACGAAGUCUGGAAGAGGCUGCUUUUCAUGGGUUAUGAGGACAUGCUGAUUUUGAUUUGAAAAAAAUUAUAAUGUCUGACUAAUUCCUCUUUGUGAAUAGUACUCCAACUCACCAUGAUAACAAUUUCUGUUAUUGAAACACAUUUUGAAA